UAUCAUUUCAACUCAAAUUCUUAAGCUAAUAAGUUUUAGAGUCUUCUUUGUUAUAUGUAUAUAGAUAUUUUUAUCGAAAGAAAAAGUUAAGGCAAAAAGUUUAUUGAUCUAUAACAUUCUCAAUUUAUAUACUGUUCAACUUGUCUAUUUCAAUACAAGGUGGUGAUACUCCUCCAAUGGAUACUUGAACUACACAAGGCUAAACAUCACUAUCAAUCAAACAAAUAUUGAUUAAAAAUUAGAUACUGAAAUAACAUUUGCAAGGAAAGAACAGAAAAUUUUCUCUGAGGACCCUUUCUUAUGUUUACUGCUAAUAUGUCGUUUUUAUGUAUAAAAAGUGAAGCCAGCCUGGGAGAAUUGUACUAGGAAGGUUUUCUUCGGUGAAAACAUUGGAUUUUUCGUAUAAAUUUAGAUACUAUAUGUUGUUCCUCAUCAUUACUUUGGUGUAUUAAAAUUCUUAUCUCUUCUCUAAUGUCAACACUCAUCUUCAAUAAAUUUGAAGUUGCGGCUUUAGUCUUCGUCGGUAGGAUUCAAACCUUAGAUGUAUUUUUGUUUUCAUCUCAUUCUAAUAUUCUGUGUUUGUUUUUUUAUUCUGUCACAAGAUUUCUAACUCAGCGUUUUGUUUCAGUUGUGCUUUCAAUAGUAGUGAAGGUAGGUAUUCUGAUUUAUGUGUGUCAGAAAAGACAACAGGUUCGUAACAGAUUAAGUGCAGAUUCGGAAUUUCUGACACUGACCAUGGAUAAAUUUCUGAAUGACAUGGGAAGAGAGAAACCAACGAGGUUCACCGAUCAGCAGCUAAGGAUUGCAACAGAUAACUUCUCUAACUUGUUGGGGUCAGGAAGUUAUGGAUCUGUUUACAAGGGAGUUUUCAGUAAUGGAACAGUGGUGGCUGUGAAGGUUCUAAAUGGGAGUUCAGACAAAAAAAUUGAAGAGCAGUUCAAGGCAGAAGUAGGAACAAUUGGAAGAAUUCAUCAUUUCAAUCUGGUUAGGCUCUAUGGAUUUUGCUUUGAAAGAAAUAUGAUAGCACUGGUUUAUGAGUACAUGGGAAAUGGCUCUCUUGACAGGUAUUUGGUGAAUGACACAAACAACUUAGGAUAUGAAAAGCUUCAUGAGAUUGCAGUUGGUACAGCCAGAGGAAUAGCUUAUCUGCAUGAAGAGUGCCAACAAAGAAUAGUCCAUUAUGACAUAAAACCAGAAAAUAUUCUCUUGGAUGGGAAUUUCAACCCUAAAGUUGCUGAUUUUGGCUUAGCCAAGCUCUGCAACAGGGAAAAUACUCAUCUGACCUUGACAAAGGGUAGAGGAACUCCUGGUUAUGCUGCACCAGAACUUUGGAUUCCUAAUUUUCCUGUGACUCACAAGUGUGAUGUUUAUAGUUUUGGAGUACUGCUAUUUAAAAUCAUUGGCAGGAGAAGAAACACUGUUGAGGAACUUGCUGAAAGUGAAGAGUGGUUUCCAAUGUUGGUUUGGAAAAAAUUUGACACUGGAAAACUGGGGGAGUUAAUAAUAAAGUGUGGGAUAGAGCAGAAAAGUAGAGACAUUGCAGAAAGAAUGGCUAAGGUAGCUUUGUGGUGUGUGCAAUAUAGGCCAGAAUUCAGGCCUGUAAUAGGUCUUGUGGUGAAAAUGCUGGAAGGCUCAGUGGAAAUUCCAGAACCUAUGAACCCAUUUCAGCACAUGAUGGGUGAGAUUUUCAUUGCACAUCCAGUUCAAGAAUCACAGACUUAUACAACAACUACUUUGUCUGGUUCUAUUAUGGUAACUGACUCCAACAUGCUACGUUCUACUCCUAUAAUGAGCAAGUAUGAGAUUGAAAUAGCCCCUGCCACUUUGUGAUGGAUGAAAUAUGCUGUUUGAUGAAAGUUUUCCAUGGGAUGAAUAAAUUGUUAAAUAUUCUACUUUGGUGAA